AUGCUUGUCUUCCUCGAGCCGUUCCACCGCAUGUUCUUCAUUAACGAUCUUCGCAUCUCUUAUCCCCAUGCAGAAGUUGAGCGUGUGCCUGUGUACAUGAACUUUGUUUACGCCCUCUUCGUGCCGCUGGGCGUUCUAAUUAUCUACAACCUUAUGACGAAGGCUUCACCUCAUAAGCAUGAGGUUACCCACUUGAGCCUUGGUAUCUCCGUCAUCAUGACCUCCUUCAUCACAGACCUAAUCAAGAACGCUGUUGGCCGACCAAGGCCCGACCUUUUGGCAAGAUGUAAGCCUGCCGCUAGCACCAAGCCCGACCUACUUGUCACCAUCGACGUCUGCACAGAGAAGGCCCAUCACCUCCUACAUGAUGGUUGGCGGUCCUUCCCCUCCGGUCACUCGUCCUUCUCCUUCGCUGGCCUCGGGUUCCUCAGCAUUUUCCUCGCUGGCCAGCUGCACAUCUUCCGCCACAACAGCGGCGGCCGUGAUCUGAGCCGGGCGUUGAUCUGUCUGGUGCCCCUACUUGGGGCUGCCUUGAUUGCCAUCAGCCGGUGCGAGGAUUACCGACACGACGUUUACGACGUAUGCGUGGGAUCUCUGCUAGGAUGGGUGGUUGCGUAUUGGAGUUAUCGACGACACUGGCCUAAGUUGACUGCGAAGGAAUGUCAUGAGCCUCAUCCAUACCCAGGUUCGGAGCCAAGGGCAGGCUGGAAUCGACUGCGUGACGAGGAGGAAGCUGGGGAUUCACGACCCGACGUAGGCUAUGAAUUAACCCAGCUAGACAGCCAAAGACGCUAA